UUUAAAUCCAAAUUUAAUUUUAAUUUAUUUUAUUAUCGUUAAUUUUAUUUAAAAUUCUAUAUUAAAAUCUGUUUUUUACAGAAUCAAAUAAAUACAAUAUUUGUUAAAAUACAAAUGAUAAUCAUAUCCGGCUUUAUUCAAUCACAACAAUGGUGUCGAAACGUUGUCCGAUGUUCUGAAACGUGAUGUAACGUUAUGUGUAUAACGUCGGAGUUUAUUGAUACCGGCGUUAGAACAUUAACAGUAUCUAUAUUUGAUCGUCAUGAACACUGUUUGUAUCUGAUAGUCUGACAGCUGUUUAAAUUUCAGUGUGAUGUGCACUGGAUUGUUUUUUACGAGCGUUGAAAACGCAGUACCUUCUGGUCAUGUAAGGUUUCCUAUGUAAUCAACGAUGAAACUACUGCGUGGUUUCAACGCAUCGGAACGUGCAAGUGUUACAGUUUAACUGUAGUACAUUUCGAAUGUUUUUCUCUAUUAUCUUUAAGUACAAAACUAUAGAACAGUUCGCGGUAUAAUGGCAGCUCAUAAGACAGGCGGGCAAAGUGCUCGAAAGAAAGUACAGGUAUCCAUGGUUAUAAGAGAUGAAGUGGAAAAAAGGCAUAGAGCUGGAAUUAAUUCAUUACAAUAUGAUCCAGCUUUACAUAGGCUUUACUCUGCAGGUAGAGAUAGCAUUAUAAGGAUAUGGAAUUGCAAAAAUAUGAAAGAUCCAUACAUUCAAUCAAUGGAACAUCAUACAGAUUGGGUUAAUGAUAUAGUAUUAUGUUGUGGUGGCAAAAAUUUAAUAUCAGCCAGUUCUGACACUACAGUAAAAGUAUGGAAUGCACAUAAAGGUUUUUGUAUGUCUACUUUAAGAACACAUAAAGAUUAUGUGAAAGCUCUAGCAUAUGCUAAAGAUAAAGAGCAAGUUGCUAGUGGUGGUUUAGAUAAAUUAAUCUUCUUAUGGGAUGUAAAUACAUUAACUGCUCUUACAGCAAGCAACAAUACAGUAACAACAUCAUCUCUUAGUGGAAAUAAAGAUUCUAUAUAUAGUCUUGCCAUGAAUCAAAUUGGAACAAUUAUAGUAAGUGGUAGCACAGAAAAAGUUUUAAGAGUAUGGGAUCCAAGACACUGUACUAAAUUAAUGAAACUUCGUGGUCAUAUGGAUAAUAUCAAAGCAUUAGUAUUAAAUAGAGAUGGUACUCAGUGUUUAUCUGCCAGUUCUGAUGGAACAAUUAAACUUUGGUCAUUGGGGCAACAAAGAUGUAUUCAAACUUAUAGAGUACAUAAAGAAGGUGUUUGGGCAUUAUUGGCAACAGAUACUUUCAGUCAUGUAAUAUCAGGAGGUAGAGACAAAAGAGUUGUAAUGACUGAAUUAUCAUGUUAUCCUGAAAGGUAUACAGUUAUUUGUGAAGAAAAAGCACCUGUGUUAAAAAUGGUUAUGACACCUGAUCAAUCUAGCAUUUGGGUAGCAACUAGUGAAUCUACUAUAAAUAAUUGGUCUAUAAGUCAAAAAGAUUGGCAAGAAUUAGGAAUAGAAGACUAUUGUGAUUCUGCUAGUGGGAUAACACCUAAAAAUACAGAACCUGCACAAAAAAUAUUAGGUGCUCCAGCGAUACGGCACUGUCACGUUUUAAAUGAUCGAAGACAUGUUCUAACAAAAGAUACAGAAGAAAAUGUAGCUUUAUAUGAUGUAUUAAAGGCGCGUAAAGUUGAAGAUUUAGGAAAGAUAGAUUUUGAACAAGAAAUAAAAAAAAGAAAUAAAAUGGUGUAUGUUCCAAAUUGGUUUAGUAUAGAUCUUAAAACUGGGAUGUUGACCAUUCAUUUAGGUCAAGAUGAAAAUGAUUGUUUUUCUGCAUGGGUUUCUGCAAAAGAAACUGGACUUGCAGAAAAUGAUGCAGUAGAUCAAAAAGUGAAUUAUGGAAAUCUUUUACUACAAGCUCUACUUGAACAUUGGUGGAGACCAUUACAUGUCGACGAUGAAAAUGAGGGCAACAGUAAUGAUGGUAAUGGUUCUAUGCACACUAGAGGAGGAAAUCUAUAUUUCUCUGUACCAACCCACACACCUGUUAUAUUUAGUGAAGUAGGAGGAAGACCUUUAUAUAGAUUAUUAGUUAGGGAUGCUGCGGGAGAAAUGGAAGGAGUACUAUUAAAUGAAACUGUACCAGCAUGGGUAGUUAAUAUUGUUGUGGAUAAAAAUCUUCCACAAUUCAUUAAAAUAUCAUUUUAUAUUCUUCCACAUGCCACAUCUGGCGUAAAAAGUUUAAAAAAAGAUCGCUUAAUCGCAAACGAUUUUAUACAAAUUCGUAAAGUAGCAGAACAUGUUUGCGAUAAAGUGCUUGGUGCUGGAAGUGACUCAGGAUCAGUAGCUGGUGCUGGAAAUACAGUUUCUGGAGGAUCUCCAGCAGGAGAUAGAACAAAUACAGAUUCAAAUGCUGAUAAUUCUUCGCUGGCCGAAGAAAAAGUAGAAUUGCUAUGUAAUGAUCAAGUUUUAGAUCCUUCUAUGGAUUUAAGAACUGUGAGACAUUUUAUUUGGAAAAGUUCAGCAGAUUUAAUACUUCAUUUUCGGCCAGUAAAAUAGUUAGGGCUAAGUAUAUCGGAACAGAGAUCACGAAAAUGUGCCUGGUUUUAUACCGUCAUAAAGUAAGUAAAUGCUUUUGUACAAUAUUAUUUAUACAAUACUUAUUUAUUAAAAAUAAUAAUAUAAAAAUAUUGCAGAAUUACGGAAAAUAUGUGGUCUAGUUGCAGAGUGUGCAACUUCACACUACCUUCUUUUCAUGAAAUAUUCAAUCGAAUUUCGAUGAAUGUUUCAUUAGAUGCUGCGACUGAAGACGAAUAAAAGCCAGGUUACAUGUAGACUAUUUAAAAUUAAAUGAGUUUAAAGGCAAUAAUGUGUGGAAACAUUAGUAUAAAUUGCUCAUAUUUGUACAUUUAUAUCCUGUGGCCAAAUACAAAAAUAAUUUCAAUUAUUUUAUUUUUAAAAAUGUUUUUUGCGAAGUAUUUACUGUCAGCCAUUUAUAGUCUUCCCAAUUUAAAAAUACUGAAAAAAAAGUUUAAGCACAAAAAAAGUAUAAAUUGUAUGGCCCAGGAAACUAUUAUUGAGUGUAACUUCUAAAUACCAUGUUUUCUCAUAUGCUUUUUGAAUUUUUUUUUAUUAAUUUCAUGUAGCUAUAUGCUUUUAUGAUUUGUAAAUAAUAUCCAUCCUUAUUUUUUUGAUAAAAUUAGAAACAAAUGUAAUUGAAGAAAUGAAAUCAAAGAGAUAUAUAUGUAUAAACAAUACUCCACA